AUGUCUGUCUACUCUGCACUCCUCCUGGCCGCAGCUGGGCUCGCCGCUGCCGAUAAACUGGCAGCCAUGAACGUCGCAGCAGCCAGUAGUAGUCGAAACAUCACCGUCGCCGGCCCGGGCGCUGCAUCGUUCGGCGUCCACUCUGUCUCUGAUGGCUGCGGCAUCGGCAUGACCACCUGCGACGUCAACUGCAUGCCCCUGACUGGCAUCUGCUGCGGCCUCGGCAACGGCGCGUACUGCGACAUUGGCUAUUCUUGCGUCGACGACGGAUGCUGCCCCGUGGGCAAGAUCUGCAACGGACCGCCCACUGGCUGCAAUGGAGACCGUGAUCUUUGCGGCGAGUUCUGUGUGCCCAAGGGCACUUGCGAUGGAAGUGGUGGUGGUGGUGGUGGCGGCAGCGGUGGUAGCGGCGGAUGCCCUUUGGGAUAUGAGGCCUGCGACGACGAAUGCAUGCCCACUGGCAGUGUCUGCUGCCACAACGGCUAUCAUUGCAAUGCCGGCCAGACCUGUACAUCCGACUUCAAGUGCCGCCUCGGAGGAAGCGGCGGCGGCGGCGGCGGCGGCGGCAGUGGUGGUAGCGGGGAUGAUGACCCGACUUCUACCAUCGGGGACAGCUUCUCUACCAGAGGCUCUGGCGGCUCUCGUCCGACCACUUACAGCCUCUCGCCCGAUCCCGAGCCUACUGCUACCCCUACCGAGUCAAACCCCUUUGGCGGCGACGACGUCAGCUCGACUGAGGUUAGCCAGCCCACUGCCACCGAGCCUUCCUUCACCGAGCCUUCUACGACUCCCAGGCCUACAUCGAACAGGGGCAGCAGCGGUGGCAGCAACGGUGGAAGCAGCAGCGAUGAUGGAGGCGAUGAUAAUGACGGCAGCAACAGCGGCAACGACAACGGUAAGAGUGGCAGCUCCAGCGGUGACAGCAACGGCGACAGCGAGGACGAUGGAAGCAGCGGCACGAUGAAUGCCCCGAGCCUCGUCGCCGGCUUCCUUGCUCUCGUUGCGUUCGUUCUGUAAGCGUCUUCUCACGCUGCAGUGCUGCCGAUUGCCGGAACCCAAGGGAACCUUGCACAGAUAUGAUAGGAUGGGGGGAGUUCC